UUUUACUAGAAAAUCAGCUUCUGUCAACAACUGAGUAUUUGAAUAAAGUUUAUCUUGAAGUCGCAGCCUGGGAUCAGGUGGAACAGGUCGGACCGGUCCGGGGACACGCCCCAUUCCUCACCUGGCUCACCUGAGGGGCGUCGACGUCUCCAGUCUCACCUGAACCUGAAUCUCACCUGAACCUGCAGAGGAAACACAGACACAGAAAUGGACAAGCUGGCCCGGAUGGUGGGGGACAAAGUGGGGGACAUGGUGGAGGAUGCAGUGAAGAACGCUCUGGGCAUCGAGGACAAGGACAAGGACAAGGACGACGGAGGAGGAGGAUUCAUGUCGCUGUUCGGAGGAGACAAGAAGAAGGAGAAGGAAAAGGAGAAGGAGGGAGGAGGAGGAAUAUUCUCUUUUGGACACGACAAGAAGGACGACAAGGACGACGGAGGAUUCUUCUCCAAGAUCUUUGACAAGGACGAUGACGACGACGGCAGGAAGCAGAAGAAAAGCGGGUUUGAAGGUCUGUUCGCUGAAGGGGAGGGGCCAGGAGAGGCUGGGGGCGGAGCUCUGGGAGGAGGCGGAGCUCUGGGAGGAGGCGGAGCUCUGGGAGGAGGCGGAGCCUACGACCAGGGAGGCGGAGCAAAGACCAUAACGCCGUCGGACAGAGAUCUGUUUGAUGAUCUGAUGGACGUGGCUGACGAGACGGCUGCAGGGAAGUAGACGACCCCGAACCAACUCUGACUCCUGCACGUCCACAUUUACAAACAUCUCUCCUUUUACUGUAUUUACUGUAUUUACUGUAUUUAAUGUAUUUACUGUACGUCCACAACUCCGUCGUAUUCAUGAUUAGAAAAGAAAACUGAAAACUGUAAACGUAUCUAAGGCCAAGUUUCCACAUAUCCGGGUAUUUACAAAAACUGAUAUUUCCCUCUACGUUUAUAAAAAUCCCAUCAUCUCCAGGAACCUGCAUAAAUAUCUGUUAAGGUGCUAUGAGCAGCCAAACCUACAGGGGGCAGUGUAACGAGAAGAUAAAGUCAUGCUAGCCAAUCAGAAUCCUGGAAAAAAACAUCAACAAAUGACACGAGUAACUUCCAGUUACUUCCAAGAUGAACCAGUCUUUGGUUUGGAGUGACAGAGAAGUGGAGUUACUUAUCAACAUUUUGACUUUUUUACCGACAUUUCGACUUUUUUCUCAAAAUUUCAACUUUUUCUCGACUUUUUUCUCAAAAUUUUGACUUUUUUCUCAAAAUUUUGACUUUUUUAUCAAAAUUUCGACUUCUCAAAAUUUCGACUUUUUCUCGACUUUUUUCUCAAAAUUUUGACUUUUUUAUCAAAAUUUCGACUCUUCUCAAAAUUUCGACUUUUUCUCAACUUUAUUCUCAAAAUUUAGACUUUUUUUCGGCCACCUAUCCCCCCUUUUUCUCGACAUUUCAUCUUUUUUCACAGAAUUUCAUCUUUUUUCACAAAAUGUCAUCUUUUUUCUCAAAAUUUCUAGAAAACAGAUAAUUCCCCCUCUACGUUUAUAAAAAUCCCAUCAUUUCCAGGAACCUGCAUAAAUAUCUGUUAAGGUGCUAUGAGCAGCCAAACCUACAGGGGGCAGUGUAACGAGAAGAUAAAGUCAUGCUAGCCAAUCAGAAUCCUGGAAAAAAACAUCAACAAAUGACACGAGUAACUUCCAGUUACUUCAGAGAUGAACCAGAGUGUUUGGUUUGGAGUGACAGAGAAGUGGAGUUACUUCUAAGUGUGACGUUAGAAUAUAAAACAGGUAAAACACAAGAAAAUAUUGACGGUUACAAACUAAUUCUAACCACAGGUGUCACUCAUGACGCUGGUGACGUUUCUGUCUCAUAAUGUGACGUUCUGAAGAAUAAAUGUCCGUUUCUCUCCGUUUACAAGCAAACGUGGAGACGGAGGUUUGAAAAAUCUACACUUUGGUCAUUGUUUUUGGGUAUUAGGCCAUCAGAAUUUAUCCGAAGUGUUGUUUUACUCUACUCUUCUUCACACUUGUGUAAAUAAAUUCUGAUUAAUUUGAAUGAGAGAA